AUGUCUCAAUUAGAGAAAUUAAUAUUAUCUCUUUAUGUUCAUAGUCGAACUUCAUUUAUUGAUGGUAAUCAACUAGAUAAUGAUAUCAUUAGUAAAAUACCAUAUUUACAUUCAUUUAUUUUUGAUAUUGUCACUAAAGAUGACAUAAUCGACGAAGAAUAUUUACCAACAUCUGAUAAUGUUCGACGUGCGCUCAUUCGAAAAGCAUAUAAUGUUGGUUGCUAUAUUGACUAUCUUUCUACUGAAAGCGGUCGAUGCCAUAUUUACUCACUUCCUUUUACUAUGGAGCGUAUACAAGAAAUUACUAAAAAAUUUCUUCCUGACGGUGUAUUCAUAAAUGUUCGUAAGUUAUGUGUGAAUGAUUCGGUGCGUUCAAUUGAAUAUGAUUUCUUCGUUCUAAUCUCACAAGCAUUUCCAUUACUUGAAGAUUUAACCGUAUAA